AAGAUGACGGUGUGUGAACGGUGUGACAGACACAGAGGAACGUUUUCUGUCAGCCGUCAGUCACAGUGUGACUCGGGGGACCGAUAGGAUGAUCUUUGGUGGAGGAGUUCAGCUGAGCGUUGAAUCAGAGGAAGAGUACAAACCAAAGUAUUACAAACUCAACGACACAGUGUGCCUGGCCACCGGCUUCUCCAGGUACAGCGGCACGGCGGACAUCAAACCCACGACUCUGACCAAACCGGCCAUGAUAAGUUCUGAUAAACUGUACAACCAAGUCCUUUUCCUGGACAAUCUACACGAUUGUAAUGGUGAGUUUAACCCCCAGCAGCAGGCUUUUUUAAGAAACAAGAGUUUGUACUUGGUGACUGGUCCUGUUGUUGCUGCUGAUUACCAGCAGCUAAUACGUCCUGGCUGUGUUUGUCUUUCAGAAACCUCAGAGGAAGAUGGAGUGUCUGAGUGCAGUGCAGGAGUAGAACCAGAUGAGAAAGUGAACCUGGCGUCCAUCACCAUCAUCGGCCUCCGCCUGAUCUUUCUCAAGACCAUCGUCUUCAACGUGCUGAUGACGCUGCGUCUGUGGAUCAGUCAGUGAUCUUGUUAGAGUUUGGCCAGAAGGACGGAGCACCGAGGAAACG